GACUUCUGAAGGGGGCUGGGGGGUGCCUUGCAGAGCUGGGAAGCAAUAUAACUGUUAUAGUCCAAAUUUUGUUCCCAACCCCAAAGCUGGGUCUUAUAAAGAGGACAGAGAUUUGGUGAGGCCCUCCUGUGCCCAGCUGCAGUCAGAAUCCAUCCCAGGUCUCCAAAGCAGCCUCUUCCUAGAAUAUCCCUUAGUUUUCUAAUGUGACCUUAGGUAGGUUAACCUCAGUUUGUUUCUUUGUUUCAACUGGAAAAUGGGGUAACAGAAACUACCUGAUAGGAUUGUUAUGAGGAUGCAUAAUAUUAUGUAAAACGCUAAUAUAGUCCCUUGCACAGAGUAAACGUCAUAGAAAAGUUGCUCUGGUUAUUUUUCUUCGAGGGGUAUUGUACAUACCUGCCCAGAGCUCUGGCUUCAUUCUCCCUGGUCUCAUCUCUGUCUUACCCACUGGGCGAUGAGCUCCUUGAGGGCAUGGCCCAUUCCUUUUCUACUUCAGUAGUCACCCCCACCCCUCAAGAUACUGUGGUCCUGCUAGGUCUGGCCCAGAGGAGGGCUGAAGAGAUGUAUUUAGAAUUAUCCGAUGAAACUGGAAAUUGCUGCUCUAGGUAGAAUCCACAAGCACAAUAUUUUCUUUUGUCCUCGGGCUUAUAGACUAGAUGAGGAACUGAGAGGGGCACAGGGCACAAAGAGAAACAUUAGGUACUAAAUCUCUCAGGGUGCGGAAUGUACUUACUUCUGGAGCUCAGGGAAGGGAGAGCUUGUACGGAGUGGAGGGGCUGGGAAGGGGUUCCUGGUGAAGUGGUCCUUUUACCUGCCCUGAGCCUACAGCUGGAAAAGGAGGGCCUGUGUUGGGAGUGCGGAGGAAGCAGGCUCACUGGGGUGUUCAGUGCACUGUCAGGAAGGGUGGGAGUUGAGGCUGGGGAGGCGGGGCUCUCUAGAAAGGCAGAAUACCCUCUCUUUCCACGAUGGGCCUCCUCUUUCCUAUGUCUGGGUCUUGGGAGACCCCAGAGUUUGAGCUUUAGAAAUUCUGGAGCCAUGGGGCGCCUGGGUGGCUCAGUCGGUUAAGCGGCCGACUUCGGCUCAGGUCACGAUCUCACGGUCCGUGAGUUCGAGCCCCGCAUCGGGCUCUGUGCUGACGGCUCAGAGCCUGGAGCCUGUUUCAGAUUCUGUGUCUCCCUCUCUCUCUGACCCUUCCCCGUUCAUGCUGUCUCUCCCUGUCUCAAAAAUAAAUAAACGUUAAAAAAAAAAUUAAAAAAAAAAAUUUCUGGAGCCAGAAGGCCUGGCUUCCAAGAUGUGGCUCUGCCACUUAGUAGCUGUGUGACCUCCGGCAUUUAUCCUCUCUGACCCUCAGUUUGGCCAUCUGCAAAAUGGGGUCAAGAAGACCACCCACCUCACUUGGUGAUUGGGAGGACUGAAGGAGACAAUGCCUACAAAGCACUUAGCACUGCCUGGCAUGUUGUAAGGGCCUGAUUAAUGGGAAGUGUUCUUGUUUUCUGGGCAGACUUUGUCACCAAUGUCAGUGCUGAACUCUGGCUGGCCCCACCGAGGGGAGAGCCUCACCCCUUGGGAGCCAGGUCCGCCAGCCGACUCAGACACUGACCCAGGCCACUUGCCCAAGGAGGAUCCUGAGGAAACUUCUGAGCAGGACCCUGAAGUUCUGAGCUUGGGGCUUCCUGGCUUGGACACCAACUGGGCCCCCAACCAGCCUGGGCUUCGGAUCCUCCUGCAGCAGCUGCCUCCACAGGACAGCGACGAGCGCUACUGCCUGGCCCUUGGGGAGGAUGAGCUGGCAGAGCUGCGGCUCUUCUGUGCUCAGAGGAGGCGGGAGGCCCUGGGACAGGGGGUGGCCCUCCUGGUACCUCCCGAGCUGCCAGAACACACCUGCGAGAAGUGCAGGGAGCAGCUGAGGCCAGGGGAGUCCGGAGUGUUCGCAGCCCGGGCAGGGGAGCAGCUCUACUGGCACCGGGCUUGCUUUGCCUGCCAGGCCUGCGGCCAGGCCCUGAUAAACCUCAUCUACUUCUACCACGACGGGAGUCUUUACUGCGGCCGCCAUCACGCAGAGCUGCUGCGGCCGCGCUGCCCGGCUUGUGACCAGCUGAUCUUCUCCCGGCGCUGCACCGAGGCGGAGGGACGGCGCUGGCACGAGAACCACUUCUGCUGUCAGGACUGCGCCGGGCCCUUGGGCGGGGGACUUUAUGCCCUGCCGGGGGGCGGCCCCUGCUGCCCCAGCUGUUUUGAGAGUCGCUAUUCGGUUUCCGGCUCGAGCCGGGCCCAGACACUGGAAGGGGAGGAGGGUGUUGACAGAGUUGAAGAAAGGGACCGCACCCCGCUGGAUGCCGCUACGGUCUCCCGAGCUGCCCUUCUCGCCUCUGCCCCCCGCUCCAGUCUGGAAACCCAGAGGGAGCUGCUUGGAUCCAGUCCAAGACAGCAGCGUCGAACGGGGGACAAGGUGGAGGCACCCACAGGGCGGGAGCAGGGCCGCCUGGAGACACCCCUCGAUGCCUGCCCCACCUGCUCCUCUUCUUCUGACUCGGAACCCGAAGGCUUUUUCUUAGGCCAGCGUCUUCCCGGGCCCUGGAAGACCCCCAGAAGCCUCCAAGCUGGGGACAGCGACACCUCCAGGAAGCACUGCACCAUUUGCUAGUGUCGCAGCCCGGAGAC